AUGACCUCAGCUAGUCCUUCUCUUUCCGCUACGAGUACAAUGUGGACAAACUCUAUAACCGCAGUCCUGUCGACAACGAUGGACGAAAAGACACCCAUUCCGACAACCGCGGCAUCCAGGCGGGAAAUCCCAGAACCUUUUCCCUCGUUAGUCGUUCGACUCAUCCUCUCUGUUCUUAUUGUGAUUCUAAACAUAGCUGGAAACAUUCUCGUGUGCUUGGCAGUGAGGAGGAAUCGCAAGUUACGAAGUUUAAGGAAUUACUAUUACGGACUCUUCCUGAUGAGUUUGGCAAUUGCUGAUAUGGCCGUGGGUUUGUUCUGUACGCCGUUUAUAUUACUGUACUACGAGACGGGGAAAUAUCCGUUUGGAUUCUUCGGGUCCACCGCAGUUUGUAAACUCAUUCCGGCGCUGAGUUUGGUAUGCCAGGGGGCUUCGAUCUACAGCCUUACUUCCCUGACACUCCAACGAUUCAUGGGCAUUGUUUAUCCAAUGAAGGCUAGAUUGACCCUGAAGAAGGUCAAGCUGCUUCUUUUGCUGGUUUGGCUUUUUGCUUUCGUGUCUGCUUUACCGCAAAUUAUUGUCAAUGAUGUUCAGAAGCAAGAAGUGCUUGGAGAAGACAACAAAUUCAGCUGCGAAGAAUUCUGGGGCGACCCGCCGGCUGGCACAAUUCUAAGGGAAGGUUACACCUUGUAUCUAUUCGUGGCAGAAUAUUUCCUCCCUUUAGUUAUAAUUGGGAUAGCCUAUGGUAAAAUGGCUAUUGUUCUAAAUCGCAGAGAUGAAGGCCUCCAGGGCAGAAAGUCGACCAGUGACAGAACCAAGGCAAACCACAAGAAGUUUAUUCGCUUACUGAUUGUUCUGAUCGUGAGCUUUGCGCUGUGUUACCUCCCGAAUCACGUGCUGUUUUUCUGGUACGAUUAUGGAACAGGAGAAAACUAUCCGUACUUCACGAUAAUGAUGAAGUAUUCUCAUUUCUGCAUCUGGCUCAACAGCUGUUUAAAUCCCUACUUGUACGGUGCCCUUGACGACUAUUUCCGACAAAGCUACAAAAAAGCGCUACGAAGGUGCGCAAGAAUCGAAGGAAAGGCACGUAAAACUCAUGCGAGAAUAACCCGGCAACUGAGUAAAAUGUAUUCUUUUAGAACACCGUCCUCGGCUGAUCCUGAUUCUACCGACAUUGAGGAGAACUGA